ACGCAUACGCGUCGUUCAGGCAAUAUAAUAACUAUCAUCAUCACGACAUCCUUUUCCAACUUUUUUGAAAGCUCGCAGGCACUUUCUUCCCUACUCUAUUCCCCAUUUAUUCCCUCAGCAAAAUGCCGUUCGCGAGUGCGCCCGUCUCUUCUUUUCACUAGUGCGUCUGUCUUUACCCUUUUCGUUCAUGGCCAUCUUCUUCCUCCUCAUCUUGCUUGCCCCGUUUGCUGCCUACGGCAGCAUCAGCUUCUGCUCUUCCGACGCCUGCGGCGGCAUCACCACCGAGAACACCGCCGUGGUCUGGGUGGCCUCUCAGUCAUCCUCCUCCUCCUACUGCGGCGACAGCGGCUUCGCCCUCCUCUGCCUCUGCCCCGCAAUCGCCUCCACCGCAAGCCUCACCUUCCUCUCCGACUCCACCUCCCAAUUCACCAGCAACGGCGACAGCCUCAACUUCUACUUCAACUGCUCCUACGGCCUCUCCGGCUCCUACUCCCAAAUCCCCUGCCUCCCCGACACCAGCAUCAACGGCUCCUACAGCAUUUUCACCAAGAACAGCACUCACAUCGACUACAAUUCCGCUGCGAUAUGCGCCGGCACGGCCCGCGGCGGCGGCGGCUACACGGCAGGCGUUGCCCGCAUGAUCAGGAACACGGAAGGCGGCGGCGGCGGCGGCGGCACGGCUGCGGGUGACGCGAUCGGCGCAGGGCUGUCGGCGGGGACGCCCGUGCUGAUCGAGGCGUCCGACGGGGUGCUGGUGAGAGGCUACCAGCUGGGUUGGUCGUCGUCGGCGCAGGACAGCGCCGCCUGCGCGGCCUGCGAGGGCUCCGGCGGGGUCUGCCGCUACAACCAGACGGCCGCCGGCUCUUUAAUGUUCAGCUGCUUCUGCUCCUCCUCCAACGGGUUCCGCCCCGACCGCUGCGAAAGUGGCACGCCUGUACCAAAGAAUGCUACAUCAGGUACGCAACUUUCAAUUGUAACAGGAUUCUUAUUAAAUUUUUCUCAACUAUAUAUAAGAGGAAAAGUUUAUGUAUGAAUUGCA